CACUUGUAGUUUAUGAAAUCCCACCCACACUGUCAGUCUAGUGAACUCUGGUAAGCCUGCCACAGCAGAAACACGCUCCCUCUCGUCUAACUCUCGGUUAUAGUCGCGCUUAUGGCGAGUUAUUCCUGGUUAUCUCACCAUGCUGCUCUGAUGCUGCUCUUAAUUAACUGGAGGGAGGGGAUGCAUUGCAUUGGACUUUCAGUUGAUCCUCCUGGGGACCUUGCAGUAUUAGAUCCUGGUCAUCUUGGAUAUUUGGAGAUUACAUGGAGCCCCCCAGCCAGCUUGAUCAACAGGGCAGAGUGCCCAAAACUGUAUCAGCUGGAGUACUUCAACACAUAUGAAAACAGCUGGACUGUCAUCAGGACAGUUAGGAGGACAUACACGGCCCAGUUUGAUCUGAUGAAAGAUGUUAGAGUGAGAGUAUACACCUUACUGAGUGGACCCUGCACCAAUGGCACUUUGGUCAAGAGCACAAGCUACAUUGAACUGGUGCAGAAAUCUCCCAGUACAGGCCUUGUGGGUACCGCAGUCAAAGAUUUUGUCUGCGUGUUCCAUAACAUGGAGUACGUGACGUGCAACUGGGGGGGAGGCCCAAAAAUGCCAGCCAACUCACAGCAAACUCUAUAUUUCUGGCACAAGGAGCUGGGACAAACACAGGAAUGCCCAAAAUAUACCAUUUCAAACGGAGUCAGAAGUGGCUGCAACUUCACAGGGACAUUUUUCCCAGAUUUUACUGAUAUCAACUUCUGUGUAAAUGGCUCCUCUCCUGAAGGGCCCCUGAAACCAACAUACAUCUCCCUGCAAAUCCAAAACCAGGUGAUGCCCGCAACCACACAGAAGCUGCAUCUGCAAACAGGUCCCAAUGCGCAGCUGGAGGUACACUGGGAGCGUCCUGCGGGUAGGGUUCCUGGAAACUGCUUAGAAUGGGAGGUGAAACACAAUCAAGAGCGACCUGAUGGAAAAACAUCAACGCAGCAGAUAACCAAAAAGACGAUCCUGACUCUGCCCUCUGUCCAUGACAAGCAGAGAAACUGCUUCAGGGUUCGUUCCAGGUUGCAUAAGUAUUGUGUACAGAGAAGCUUUUGGAGCAACUGGAGUCAUGAGAUAUGCCAUCCAGAGGAGAAACAAACUUCUGCUGAACCCAGAUGGGACAUGGUUCCACUGUAUGUAUAUACUGCUGUUGCCAUCAUUGCCAUACUGGUUCUGUCACUGUGUGUGUGGGCAGCACUCAAAGUGAGAUCAAGGCAAGUGAAGAAGCUAGACUCUCACACCACCUUUUUUGCCAAAAGUUCAGCUCUUUCAGUGGCAGAGACCUAAAAAGACAACAGAACCUGCAAUUUUCAUGUCUCUCAAAAGGCCCCACUCACAGAUGUUUUAUUUUUGCACUUUGCCUCUCUCAUUUUUCAGGGUCCCUGAUUGAAAAUCACAUAAUGAAGCUUUUAAAAAUGCCACAUCGUCAACUGAUUGUAAACUACUGGCUACUGUGGGUUAUUUACACACACAAAAAGUCACACUUGUUACAACUUGUAUUAUUUGAUGUUUGUUUUUGCCAAAACACUUGCCAACUGAUUCAGUCAGAAGGAAUUACUUUACCAAUUACUGGUUUUGUGGGAAUUAGUUUUUAAUAUUCCAUUAUUUGCCAGAUCUCUUGCCAGUUGAUGUUAUCAACACAGGGUCAUUUAAUGUUAAUGAGAAAUUACUCUUUCUAUGGAAGUCCAUUUUACAUUUUUGGUUUAACUGUUUACUUUUGGCCUCAACCCAUGAAAGUUUGCUCAGAGAACAAAUAUUUUAUUGCCAUGUCUAUGUCCAUCAUACAGGGAUAACAUGUACAAUGGUGCUAUGUCAUUACUGCAUGCUUCAACGCAGUGAAGUCCUACAAUGAGUUUAAAAUUAUAUUCAGUGGGAUUUUUUUAUGUAACAAGUUAAUACAGAAUCAAAGAGUGUUUCAAUGCCACAGCGUCUUGCCAGUUUUAGCUAUCUUUUUUUUUUUUUAACUCAACAUGACUACAAAACUGUUUAUGUAACUGUUUUUUUGUACAAACUAUGCCAAAAUGCCUCAAUAACAUGAUAUAUUACA